AUGAUCUGCCUGGAAUGUAUCAGAAAUUAUAUUUAUGCUCAUGCAGAGAGGGAUUCUUUGUCUGAUUUUCAGUUUUCCUCUCACUGGCAGGAGAUACAUGCAACUCUGGUAAGAUCAGGAGGAAAGAGUUAUGAAGUUGCAAUCAAUAACCUUGAAACUGAGUCUAUAGAUCCUGAGUUGGAGGCACAUUACGAAAAGGUUCUUGAAGAAUGGAAGAAAGAUGAAGACUACAGAAAAGGCAUGCUGGAUAAAAUUAUAACGGAAGUAGGAAAUGUUGGCAAGAAAGUUGAUGACUUAGCAGUUGUCCCAAACAAGGGUUGAUGAUUUCUUGUUUGAUCAAGGAUUAUUAAAAUACAAACCUUUUUACUAUGCAAGUUAAAAUUAAAGCCUCUUGGUUUUGCUGACUUCAUGUCAGCCUACUGUGCUAGCAAAUUUGUGAGAGGUGUGAUGACUAUGUGGUUAUGAAUUGGCAAAGCUAGUGAGGGAUAGGGAGAGACCAGUAACCUCUAAUUUGCUUCUUUAUUACAGCUCUUUUUCAUAUUUAUGUAACUUUCUUUUUAUUAUUUCGAUAAUUUUCUCAGGAAAUGUAACCAUAAAAAUCCUGAUUGAAGUAAAAAGAGUUACCCUUAAAGAUACAAAACAGUGGGACCCUGCAGAACAGGAGGAAGUAGAGCAAAUAUUGGUGUCUGAGAUGUCCAAAACAUUUUUUAAGACAAGAGCAGAUGUGAUUGCUACCAAGGAUAUACCCAGUCACCUACAAAAUUAUCUUGAAGGCAUACUUGACUUGCCAGUUGUGACAGUGACAUAGGGAAGUUUGAUAAUUAUGGUCAAGUGUCACACAUUAGAAAUUCUUCAAUUUUUGUGGAAAGAAUAUUGUUCUGGGCCCAGUUGUUCGAAGGCAGAUUAGCGCUAACCCAGGGUUAAAUUUUGAUCUGGGUUUCUUUAUUCCUUUACUCAAAAGCCUUUUUGGGAUAAUUUUCAGUGUUCUAUUUAAAGUGUCAAAUAGUCAUACUCUAGACUAAAAGAAUUCGACUGAAUUUCCUUUUACAGCUUUUAGACCUGAAAUUAGAUUUCACACUAACCCUGGGUUGUCUUAACCCAGCUUUGAACAACCCGGCCCCUGGUCAUCUGAAUGCAGUGUCAGAAAAGUAUUUUUGUAGAUUGUCUCUAAUGGAUUUAGCAGGCGAUUUGAGUCAAGACACACAUAUUCAUAAAGCUGUUGACAGUUUAUAACAUGACAAAGCUUGAUUAAGGUACUAUGAAAUCUUCUGGAAAUGGUGUUGUCUUGGAAUGCAGUCAUUGUACCUCUUCUCAUACCACUAAUGACUGCAUGUAUAUUGGUAUGUUAUAUUUCCUCUAAUCAGAUUUUGAAUUGGAAACUGCACCCAGAUUUAUGUUAUUGUUUUGAGAAGUGACUGUGAAAUAGAAGUUUCUAGAAAUUUCUAGAAUACUUAGUCAUGGUGACAUGGACACUAAAUUUUGCUGAUGUCAUACCAUGGAACUUUCUGGAACAUCCUCUUAACUUUUGUACUUAUGAUGUAGUUCUCCCAGAAUAUUUGUUCCGUAGGCUUCCGGAAUGUAUUUGAAUACGUUGUAUUAAAUGUAUAUAAGGACUCGGGAAUCAAGGAGUUGUAGUCAUGGUGCAUAGACCAACUGUCUUGAAACCUAUAUGAACAGAGAGCUAUUGUGGAUUACUUGGAAAAUAAUUGCGCAUUUUAGGAACAUUUGGAAGCAUCAGUGGUGAGCUAAGCUAAUAGUCUGCAGUGAGCUUAUGUAAGUUUUUAGAGGAUUUAAAUUGUUAGUAUUGCUUAUGUACGAGUCGCUUCUUUGUAAGACUUCACUGAGACCGUGCUGUUAAACAAAAUCCGUAAAAACUCGUGUAUAAGCCGCAUCUCUUGGCCGAAAUUUUGGGCUCAAAUCGUGGUUGCAGCUUAUAUACGAGAACAUUGCUUUCAGAGGAAGUAAACUGGCUUGUUUGGACCGGAAAUAGCAUUCAAAACCGUCCUCCACCGAUCACUUCAACACCGAUCUCUUCACCACGCUAUUACGGAGGACUCGCGAGGCAAAUGGCCAACCGUUUUGUAGCCUCUCAUUACUUGUACGGCGCGUUUGUCCAUGUGGUCGUAAAAAUCUCGUUUCGCAAAAGGGUUUUUCUCCAAUCGAUGGCUUCCAUACAACUAAAGGUCUUUUUACAUACUGGGAUGUCCAACACAAUCUUUAACGCGACCUCUCUUGUUUACUUAAGUGACUCUGCCCAGACUUCACUCGGUAUACUUCACUGCGUAUUUAGCUCAUGCGUAAUACACUUUUCGGAUUUUUUAUCGGACUAUGGUAGUUUCGCUUGAUGUUGCGGACUUAAACAAUGAUGAAAAUAACCGUUGUUAGUCUCAAGUAUUAAGGAAAUCGACUUAAGAUCAACAUUUAAAAGGUACUGUAAGAGUCGAUGAACUUAUUAAAGUCCCUACUAAUACACAGCUUAAGAUUUCGGUAGGUUCACACGUAAGACUAUGCAAACAACUUUUUUGCCAGAGGUCCUUUCGCGAAAGGUCCUUUUUCUUUUUUUUUUUUUUUAUCCCUAAAAUCAUGCUUGAGUUUUGGGCGUGCGGCUUAUCACGAGUGUAUCUUAAACACGAGCUUUUAUGGUUCUUGGGUUCAAAGGUGUGUGGUACUCUUUGUGCUGAAACAUUUUUUUGCGUGUGUUUUGUAGAGGAGGAAAUGGCAUCACUCGAAGAAGAUAUGGUUCUGGGGGAAGAGGAAAAUGUGGGUUCUGAAGAGUUAUUGGAUAAAGAUAUAGCAGAUGUUUCUGUUGAGGGACAAUCAUCAAGUGGUGAAGGAGCGCAAAGUGGGAGGAGUUUGAAUAUCACAGUGAAGUGCCAAACCUUGGAAGGUCUCGAAAAACUUUGGCAAGACUAUAGUUCAGGUCAUCUCAAUAGUGUAGCGGAGGAACUUCUUGUGACAGAUGAUAUCAAGAAAAAACUAGGUGUGGAAUCUAUAAAGUUGAAAACAGUGAUUACAGAGGAGUCUUACCUGGCAUGCAAACGGUACCUCUUAAACAAGUUAGGUGAGUUUUUAGAAUAACUCUUUGCAUCAUACGGAAACUCAGGGCUGGGUUUAACCUGGGGUUAGUGUGAAAUCUGACCUCAGGUAUGAAAGCUUUAAAAGAAUAUUCAGUAUAAUUCUUUUUGUCUACAAUGUGAUGCUUGGAUGCUCCAAAAAGAAUAGAGAUACUUAUCUGAUAAAAGGCUUUUGAAGAAAGAAAUAAAGAAACCCAGUUUAAAUCUUAAUCCUAGGUUAGCACUAAUAGGCCUUCAAACAACUGGGCCCAGGAGUUUACCAGCUUGUUUUGCCUUAUUAUGAAUUCUCUUUCUUAAUGAUCAGUAUGAUUUUUAUUCUUUAAUCCCCAUGUAACUCACCCUUCUUGGCCUCACUUUGGAUUGAAAAUUCUAUUGUUUUUAAACUUGUUGUCGAGACCAGAAGGCUAAUUUACAAAUAGUUAAAAGCAUAGCAAAUAAGCCCUUUAUUAAAGGGGUAUAUAAUGCGUUCAAUGUGACUAGUGUUUGACAUGAAUGGUGAUAAUAUUGGCAGCAUGGCUACAAAUUGAGUUGCACUGGAAAUUUGUUUUUGGUUAUGGGUAGGUGUAGUUAAGGAAGUAAAGGCAUAUAAAAUAUAAGUAAAUGUGUCGUAGUUCAUCAAGUUCAAAAUUCUACUGCCUUCAAUUUGAUGAUCUGUGUUAAGAAUGAAUGUAUGUCUUCUGAGUGCACUGAACAUCAUGCUAUUGGCAUGUAUUGUCAAUUCUCCUUAAAUUUAAACUUGAAGUUGAUGAACAAAGAUUAGUUGGUUAUUGCUCAAAACAAUGUGUAAGCACCCUUCUAACUGAUACACUGACAUUAAUAUUUUAUAGAUGCCAGCUCUGAUCAUUCCUCGUCAUCCACCCCAAGCUUAGAAAACAUGCAAGAAGCCAGUUCAGGUCAGCAGCUGAUGCAGUUGUUGGGAGAACCCAGUCCACAAAGUUUGCCCAGCCAGGGCAGUGUAAAUCAAGAUGAAGAAAAAAUGAACUGAGAAAAAAUCUGGAAUGGUCAAAGUGACUGUUACUUGCCAGCAAAUGGAAAGGAACUUGUUGCACACUUCAACCAAGAUGUGUAAAGUCACAUCUUUUGUUUGUUCUUAAUUUACUCUUAUUGUGUAUAAAUAACUAUGUGGAAAAAAUUGUGAAUCUAAAUUCAAGGCUACUUUAAUAAAUAUAGGCAUGGGUAGCAUGCAAGAAUCAUUGGUUUGGCUGGACAGGUUAUGAUUGGAUACUUUAUGUACCAAAUGUUUUUGUGACAGAAAAAGAGCAUAACUUUAAAACAGACGAAAAUAUUGCAUUACUUCACCUUGAGAAUAACAAAAAAAGCUUAUUCAACUGAACUCACACAGGUAUUUUGUGGUCUGUUGUAUCUUUUGGCUAAAUACUUAGCAAAAUAAAAUGCAUGGGUGCCACGUUUACUGUUGUUCCUCUCGCAGCCAUUGUUUGGUCUUAUCACACACCACUAUAUAUUCCCUGGAGAGAGAAUGCAUUGUGUGAUGAGACGAAAUAAUGGUUGUGAAAGAGACUAUGCCUGCUGUUGUUCCUCUAACACAGAGAAAAUAAAAAUUAUUCGUCUACAGUUGGUUGCCUCAAAAAUAUAAUUCCACCUCAUUUUACUAUGAAAAGCAAACUGAAACCCUGUUGUCUCCAAUAGACCCUAGCCAAAGAUAUACUGUCAUCUCAAAUAAGUGAAGAUACAUUGAAGAAGAGAAAAGAAUUAUGUUUCAAAGAGGGCUCCUUGGUUGGUUGCUGACCAUCUGGACUUUGCCCUCUGUGUGUGAAACACGUGAUAAAAUACAGGUUGGUUACAAGGAAGUAACGUGAUUGGAUUAAGGUCAAGGAAGCUAAAAGCCAAUUUUCAUCAUAGAAAAAUUCAAAACACAGGAGAAUUGUGUGGAAAAUUUACUAUCAGCAGCAUUUAGUGAAUAUUUUUCAGUGGGGUUGGACAAUGUGGUUAGAAAAUGUGAUUAAAUGUUGGUUGUUUACAAGGAAAUCAUACAUAAUGGAGCAAAGUCUAAUUAGGGUAACUGGAAUUUGAUUGGUGGAAUACAAUUCAAGC